UCACAUCAUAUGGUCCUUCAGUUGAGUAACCCACUUGUCAGUUGGCCUCUAGUUGAAAACAACUGUUGCUGUUUUGUUUUUCAGAUUUCAGUGGAACAUGCGGAAGAGUGUCAGGGAGCAUUCGAAACCCUGCUACAAAAUCCCACCGAUUUCAUAUGAAGAGAAGACAUCUCUGACAGUUGACGUCAGGCUGCAUACACAUGCCGCUUCGUUAUGCAUUUCUGCCUGAGGUACCAUCGCUAAUGGCUGCGAGGCCGUUCGAGAUCUACAGCUCCAAGUGCACGUAAAUGCAUCACAAUGCCUUCAAAAGUGUCAUGCCUCUACGUGUUGACGGUCGUUUGCUGGGCCAGCGCUCUGUGGUACCUAAGUAUAUCCCGUCCCACGUCGUCCUAUGUGAGCCAACUGUCCGUCCCGGCGCGUAAAACGGCGAAAGCGCACAAGAGCAAUGUCACCACAACCUUCGGCAACAUCCGGACGCGUCCGCUGAACCCCCAUGCCUUCGAUUUCAUCAUCAACGAGCCCAAGAAAUGCGAAACCAACGUGCCCUUCCUCGUCAUCCUCAUCACGACCACUCACAAAGAGUUUGACGCCCGCCAAGCCAUCAGGGAAACGUGGGGCGACGAAAGCACCUUCAGCGACCUUCGCAUCAUUACGCUCUUUCUUCUGGGACGCAGCACGGACGCAGUGCUCAACCAGAUGGUGGAGCAAGAGAGCGAGAUCUUUCACGACAUCGUGGUCGAGGACUUCAUCGACUCGUACCACAACCUCACACUCAAAACACUGAUGGGAAUGCGCUGGGUGGCCACUUUCUGCAACCAAGCCAAGUACGUGAUGAAAACGGACAGCGAUAUCUUCGUGAACAUGGACAACUUGGUGUAUAAACUCUUGAAGCCGGCCACCAAACCUCGACGGAGGUACUUC